GGGAAGUGUUCUUCACUCGCAUUCUGGUCCCAGGAGUGCGGGGGUCUCUCACCAAGUGCAGGGGAAGGAGGACGGCCCUGCAGUCCCGGGAGAAUGGGGGCAGCUGUGCGGACACUGGUGUUUGCAAUGGCUCUCGGCACCUGCAACGGAUCCCUCCUGGAUCUGUCUGGUGUCCACCAGGUCAAGGGCACAUGGAUGGGAUCCACCACUUUACCCUGCACCUACGUGCCCUCGGAAGGUUUCACAGAGCAAACACUCAGGUGGAGCGUGGAGCGAGACGACAGCACCGCGACCAUCUUUCGGAGGGACAACUCUGGUGACCACGUCUUGUUGUCUCGGUUCCGGGACCGGGUCAGCGUCCCGAAGCACAGCCCAGGGAACGCCUCCCUGCUAAUCGAGAACCUUGAAAUCCCCGACAGCGGACACUACACCUGUCAAGUUGUCUGGAGGUCUCAAAAUAACAGCUUGAUAACAAAGGAGGUGACCACGAUGGUUAAAAUUGUCAAAGUGGCAGCCAGCAAGCCCGUGGUCAGGGCCAGCCAGCCGGGGCUGACCUUCCCGGCCGGAGCCAGCACCAGCCUGACCUGUGUGGCCAGCGGGUCCCCCCCCAUCAGCUACCGCUGGUUCCGGGGUGCCCCGGGGGGGACAGCCCUGCUGCUGAGCAGCCAGGCCGAGCUGGCCUGGGACAGCCUGCAGCCCUCCGACACCGGCGAGUACUACUGCGAGGCGGAGAACAGGGUCGGGGCCGGGGCCGCGCAGCGCAGCGACGCCGUCGAGCUGACGGUCAGAGCCACAGCACUGCAGAUGUCACGAGAGUGGAGAAUGAUGUGGAAGUCCCUACUAAGUGCCUACUCAUGGAGACAAAUUCUAAGACUAAAGCAUCCAAUGACACUUUCACCAUGAGAGACAAUGGCCACAACGGCAUAUGCACCAAGAAAAAUCCUGAGUAUGAGAACCUUGUCACAGCAAUGGAAUCAGAAUAUGAAAUAGAAAGAAUUUAGUAGAGUACCUA